AUGGAGCAACCGGAGCCCGCGCCUACAUGCGGUGAGCUCCAAGGGCGUGAAGAACGCCCGUCAGGGAGCGCCACAGCUCCCGGACCACAAGCGUGCUUGCGCCGAUCGCCGCGGCUCCAGAUCCUUCGCGCAAGUGCCGCCUCAAGCCCCGGACAGCCUCGUCAAGCUGUCCCGCAGCAGCAGCCCCACCCUCCGCGGGCGCAGCCAACACGGGCGCCAGCAGCGACGCGAGCUGGUCCGCCGCGUCCAAGCACGUGUCACGCUGGCGUUCGCGGAAAGUCUCUGGAGGAGUCACGGGGAGGGACGAGUGAGCGAGAACUUGAAUCAGCAGCAACGCGUGGAGGCUCUCCGCGAGUCGGUGAAGCUGGCCAAGCGUCGCCUCUGGAACACGCGUCUGCGGAGGCUGCAGUGCCUCCGUCAGGAAAAGAAGUGGCUCUUCCGCAGCACCAUGGUGGGAAUACUACGCCGACGAGCCACCACCCGCAGCAACAAACUCCACUCCCGCAACAGGCGGAACCGGCGGCAGAUGGAGACGAGAGCCAGAGGGAGGGGCCGAGGCAGCAGGAGCAUGAACCGAUGGGGCAAAGUCAGGAGGGGGAAGUGCAGCGGCUGGCGGAGGGACCACGGGAGGCUCAGCCAGACGAGGAGCCACGCGCGCUGGCGCGGCCCGCAGCGAACUGCUCUGGCUCUGCGCCGCCCGCUCUUCGCGCACGGCCCGCGACACUUCCCGCUGAAGAUCCGCCAUUGUCACAGGCCGGCGGUAACCCCCGCCACCGCCACGCCCGCGGGGACCCCUCCAGCCCGCAUUACCACCGGGGUGAGCAGGCCAUUGGGCCGGCGGCUGGUAGCGCCGGGGAGAGUUGCGCCGGCGCCGCGACGACUCGCGCUCCUGUUGGGGCGCGGGAGAGUGGGGGCGGGAUAGGCGGCGGUCCGGCGACGGGGGACGAGACGGCUGCGCUACCGGGGCCGUCGGGAGCGCAGCAGGUGCAGUCGGGUCCACGGCCGGAGCCUCAACCAUCGGGGUCGGGCCGCCAGUGGUGGCGGACCCCGCCUGCGGGGACGAAGCAGACAACGGCGCAGGCACGUCGGGGACAGAAGCGGCCGGCGCAACGGGCGCGCCAGGGGCAGGAGCAGGGGGGUCAGCAACUCCCCCAGGAGGAGCAGACGCCGUCGGCACAACCACAGGAGCGAGGGGAACAAGAGCUGCAGCCGGAGCAGCCGGAUCAACAACAGGGGCAGCCGGGCCCGCCCCGCCCCCGCCAUGGGGAUCCGCGGGUGCGAGGGGAAGAGUCCUUUCAGCGUCUGUUGUCACGGGCUUCAGAGCCGGCGGUAGAGGGGGCUUCGUCGCCAUGGUCACCUUUUCGGGCCCCGACGGAGGCUUGGCGACGACAGCCGACCAGGCGGCAACAAGCUCUGGCGACGGCUCAUGAGCUCCGGCAAUCACCAUCGGGAGAGCAGGGAGGUCGUGAAGGCCGGAGGCUGGUAACUAGCGGGACAGGCGGGGGUCCGGAGAACGGGUACCAAGCAGCGGCGAGAAUGGCUUUAACAGUGUUGGCAGCAACUAAUGAAGACGAGGAGUUGAGGGACCCUUCUUAUAGGGAAGAACCCCUCCCACCAAGCGAAGAUGAGGAAUCGGAGGGAGAAGGCAGGGUGAGAGAGGCAGAAGGGAGAAGUGCAGGCGGGGUGGGCCGCUCGUCCACGCAAAUACCACAGGCGGAUCAGCAACCGUCAGAUGCAGAUCGAACGGGUGACAAUCCAACCACUGACACCCCAGCAAGGACGAGCCGCGGUAGACGAAAUCGAACCGCCGCUGCCAAUACCGUGACGCGCCAAACUAUUCUGCUCCCCCGCUACUUUUCGCCUGACGAGCUGGCGAGGCGUGAGGACUUAUUCGCGGCCAUCGCUGGCUGGGACAUUGGAGCUCUCUGCGACAGUCACUGGCGGGGGGUCAAAGCCAAGCUCCGGGCCUUCCAGCGUGGCGAAUGGGAGCGGCUGUACCUGGACACGGUGGACGCGGUCAACACACCCCCACCGCUACGACACCAGCCUGACACGACCGGAGUCAUCAGCCGAGCUGAGGGGCUCGCGAAACGGGGCAGUCUACGCCGAGCCGUGCUGGCUCUGGAGUCAACGCCAGUCUGCACCCCCAGCCCGGAAAUUUUGGAGGAGCUCCGUCAGAAACACCCACCUGCUGCGCACGAGGCGGUGAUCUGGCCCGUGCCACCCGAGACGAAGCUGUCCAUCACCCACGCCGAAUUCGCCAAGAUCCUGGGAAGAUGCGAGAAUGGGGUGGGGGCCGGUCCCCGCACGCGCAGCCGCCCGCUACGCCGCCCGCACGGCCGCUCGCUAGGCUGCACGCACGACCGCACGCGCAGCCGCACGCGCAGCCUGCUGCCCCCGCGCAGCACCACACCCGCGCGCAGGCAAGCCGCCGCGCCGCCCUGCCCGAGCCGAGCCGCGCCGCGCCGCCCUUCCCGAGCCGCGCCGCGCCGCCCUGCCCGAACCGAGCCGUGCCGCCCUGCCCGAGCCGCGCUGUGCUAUUUCACUGCUGCUGCUACUACUGCUGUUGCUGCUGCUACUACUGCUGCUGUUCCUACUGCUCCUACUGAACCUAUGGCUAGUCCUUCAGUUCUAGCUUUCGAUACUGAGGGCCGCCCGCUGCGUUUUGAAACCUGGCUCGAGGACCUCCAUCUGUUCCUCCAGCUCACUGCUAAGGAGGAUAUUUCGCUAUAUGAUCAUGCGUUGGGACUCGCUCCUGCUCCUGCUGCGACUGCGGACAGUACAGCCCGCUCACAGUGGCAGACUCGUGACGCCCACUCUCGCUUCGCCAUUCGCAACUCCCUGCCGGUAGAUGAACGCGAGCACUUUGGCCAGCACAAGACUGCCCAGGCACUGUACACUGCUGUAGUUGCGCGCUACUCCUCGCCUGCCUCUGCUGCGCUAGGCCGCCUCUCACUGCCCUAUAUGUUCCCAGACCUGUCCGCCUUCUCCACAGUCGCUGACCUCAUUACUCACCUCCACACCAGUGAGACCCGCUUCCGUGCUGCCAUGCCCGCUGAGGACCACUUCCUUGCUCUCUGCCCCACCGAGCUCACCAUUGACCUGCUUGAGAAGCACCUGCUGGCAGCUGAGACUAGCAUAGUCGCUGUCGGUGCGUCUCGCGGCGACCCCCGCACCCCUUUCUUUGAGGGGUGUUCCCCCUCCCCUCUUCUCCCCUCUGUCGCCUCUGCUGCUGCUGUCGACCUUCUUGGUGCUGAGAAGGUCGGGACUGCGUCCACUGCGAGUGGGGCGCGCCGCAGCGGCAAGGGCAAAGGGGGCAAGGGGGGCGGCGGUGACGACGGGGGAGGCGGUGGUGGGGGCGGUGGCGGCGGUGGGGGUGGUGGCGGGGCUGGAGGGGCCAGUGGCAGCGGCGGGGGUGGUGGCGGCAGCGGCGGGGGUGGUGGCGGCAGCGGCGGGGGUGGUGGAGGCAGCGGUGGAGGAGGUGGCCGGGGUGGGGGCGGUGGUGGUGGCGGCAGUGGACGCGGUGCCGGUGGUGGUCGAGGUGGCGGCGGCGGCGGUGGAGGUCGUGGAGGUGACCGCACUGGUCAGACGUGUGGGAGGGCGCACACGCAGCAGCGCUGCUUCUCCCGCCUCGACGACGCCUGGCGCACUCAGUUUCCUACUGCCACUGAGCUGCCCCGCUGGUUUGAUCUGAUCAAGAAAAACAUUGAUGUCUAUGCUCUUGACUUUGAUGCUAUUCUUGGUGCCAUGUAUGUGUUGUCUGGUAGUGGAGAGGGUGACUGUUACCUGCGUUACCCGCCCGACCCGGGCAUUAGGACCAGUGAGGCUGCCGCACUAGGUGCUCGUGUGUCUGUUGCCCCAGGUGCUGGUGAGGCUGCCGCUCUAGGUGCUAGUGUGUCUGUUGCCCCAGGUGCUGGUGAGGCUGCUGCUCAAGGUGCUCGUGAGUCUGCGCCCUCUGGUACUGCGUCUACUGAGGCACUGCACACCUUCACACUGGACUCAGGUGCUUCCCGCUGUUUCUUUCGUGACCGCACUGCCCUUGAGCAGCUUGCUCGGCCGGUUGCAGUCUCCCUCGCUGACCCCUCUGGGGGUCCGGUCAUUGCGACCUCCUCCACUGUCCUCCCUUGUCCUGCGGUCCCGUCAGGCACACUGUCCGGUCUCUACCUCCCCUCGUUCUCUACGAACUUGGUGGCGGGUCGUGCGCUCCAGGACGGGGGUGUCCACCAGUUCAACCCUGCCUACGAGCGCGUGACACACUGCACGUGUGCUAGGACGGGUCGCCACCUGGCUACCUUCAGUCGGCAGCCGGGGUUGGACCUGUACACACUGACCACUGAGUCCCCUCAGGUAGCUGCGUCUGCGUCUGCGUCAGGUCAGCUGUCGGCCCCCUGCUCGUGUCGCUCCCUGUCGCACCAGACCGUCCUCUGGCACCACCGCCUUGGUCACCCGUCAGUGCAGCGCCUUCGUGGCAUGCACUCCCGGUACCUUGUCUCUGGUCUUCCCAGGGUUCUCCCUCCCCUCCCACCCUCGCCUGCUCCUCCCCGUCUUCCCUGUGUCGAGGGGCAGCAGCGCGCCGCUCCUCACUCCUCGUUUCCCCCGACGACUGCUCCCCUGCAGACCCUCCACAUGGACGUGUGGGGCCCAGCCCGCGUCCGUGGACAGGGUCACGAGAGGUACUUCUUGAUAGUUGUUGACGACUACUCGCGCUACACUACGGUCUUCCCCUUGCACACCAAGGGUGAAGUCCCUGAUGUUUUGAUCCCUUGGAUCCGCGCUGCCCGUCUCCAGCUCAGCGAGAGGUUCCACUCGGACUUUCCUGUUCUGCGACUGCACUCUGACAGAGGUGGGGAGUUUUCCUCCGACCUCUUGAGGGACUUUUGUCGUGGGGAGGGCAUUGAGCAGUCGUUCACGCUUCCGGCCUCUCCACAGCAGAAUGGGGUUGCUGAGCGCCGCAUUGGCUUGGUCAUGGAGGUCGCUCGUACCUCCUUGAUCCAUGCGGCUGCCCCCCACUUUCUGUGGCCGUUUGCGGUCCGAUACGCUGCGCAUCAGCUCAACCUCUGGCCCCGUGUCUCCGUUCCGGAGACUUCGCCGACACUGCGUUGGACGGGAGAGGUUGGCGAUGCGUCGGUGUUUCGGGUCUGGGGAUCUCGUGCUUUUGUCCGCGAUACGUCCGCGGACAAGUUCUCCUCCCGCGCUGUUCUUUGUGUCUUCCUUGGCUUUGUCCCGGACGCGUCUGGUUGGCAGUUUUACCACGCCACCUCGCGCCGUGUCCUGCCCUCUCAGGACGUCACUUUUGACGAGUCGGUCCCCUUCUACCGCCUCUUCCCUUACCGCACUGCCCCGCUCCCCCCCCCGCCUCUCUUCCUCGCACCAGGUGCUGCUGUGGUAGACCCCCUCCCCCCUCAGGGUGCCGCUCCCUCAGCUGGAGCCGCUGCUGGUGCUGCGGACCCUGGAGCUGGUGCUGCUGGUGCAGGAGCUGCUGGUGGUGCUGCUGGAGGUGCUGCUGGUGCUGGAGCUGCUGGAGGUGCUGCUGGUGCUGCUGGAGGUGCUGCUGGUGCUGGAGCUGCUGGAGGUACUGCUGGUGCUGGAGCUGCUGGAGCCGCUGGUUCUGGAGGUGCUCGUACUGGAGGUACUGGUGCUGCUGGGACUGGAGCCGCUGCGGGGGUUGGAGCUGGAGUUACUGGAGCUGCUGGAGCUGCUGGUGGUGCUGCGGGAGUUGCGCAGCUACCACACGGAGUUCCGCAUUCAAAGGAGGGCGUGCGGCUUCUGGGAAGCUACCUGGGAUCCGAUACGGGAGCGGCCAAAUUCCUAUCAGGGCAGCUAGAAGAGAUGGCGAAGCCAUUACACCUCCUUGAACGAGCUGACCCUCAGGUAGCUUCUCUGCUACUUACCCGCUGCAUCUCCAGGCGUGUGGCUUAUCUCACUAGAACGACACCCCUCCACCUACUCCCUCGCGAUACUUGGAGCCGGUGGGGACGGGACCUGCUCAUUGCUCUGCUAGUGUCAUGCGAUAUCCGCGUCCCCACGUGUGGAUCCGAGCAGGCUCGUGUAUGGGCGCAGGCGUCACUGCCACCAUCACUGGGCGGCAUAGGCCUCACGGCAUAG